AACUCAAUCAAGAAGUCACGGUUCAACAAAGAUAUUUGGCGGCGGAGCUUUUAUGUUACAAGUCGGUGGAGUGCCACGUGGAUUAUUUGACUCCAUCGGGAUAUUAAAUAAAAUAAAAUAGUUUAUUAAAUUAACUUACAAUCCGAAAGCUGAAUAGUGGAAACUUGGAAAGUUAUGGAGUUGAAACCUUGCCUUUCCGCGAUUGUCACCGGUGGAGCUUCCGGCAUCGGUAAAGCUCUAAGCUUGGCUUUGGCGGAAAGAGGAAUAUUUGUUUCAAUAAUUGACUUCUCUGAGGAAAAGGGGAAGCAAGUGGUAGCCUACAUUGAGAAGCAGAAUGCUAAGUUUCAUAAAGAUCUGAAAUUUCCUUCUGCUAUGUUCAUAAGAUGCGAUGUCACUGACACAGGGGAGCUGUCUUCUGCUUUUGCAAAGCAUUUAGAAACUUAUGGUGGGUUAGAUAUCUGCAUCAAUAGUGCUGGAAUAGCUACUUUAGUACCAUUUCACAAAGAUCAAACGGAUGGCUCUAAUUCAUGGAGACGCACUCUUAACGUGAACCUAAUUGCUGUUAUUCAAUGUACUCUUCAAGCGAUUCAAGCAAUGCAAGCUUCCAAGAAAGCAGGUGUAAUCAUUAAUGUGGGAUCUGCUGCCGGGCUUUAUCCAUUAUAUGGAGAUCCGGCAUACUCUGCCUCAAAAGGUGGUGUAAUUAUGUUUACCAGAACUCUACGUCCAUACAAACAUCAAGGCAUUCGUGUGAACACUCUUUGCCCUGAAUUUGUUGAAACUGAUUUAGGGUCAUUGGUGGGUUCAAAAAUGGUAUCCUCCUUAGAGGGCUUCAUACCUAUGGAAAUGGUGAUAAAAGGUGCUCUAGAGCUAAUUACUGAUGAGACAAAGGCUGGAUCUUGUUUAUGGAUAACAAACCGUAGAGGGCUUGAAUAUUGGCCUACACCCAUUGAAGAAGCAAAAUAUCGAGUUCCUUCAUCAAAAUUGAAGAGAACUUCAAUUCCUACUUAUCUGCUAGAUCUCAAAUUACCUCAGAGCUUUGAGAAAAUAGUAGUUCACACUUUGAAUCACAAUUUUCGUGCUGCCACAAGGAUAAUGCGCACCACUUUGGGCAUGUCUAUCAAACGAAAUCAUGUUCUAGUGAAAAUACUCUAUGCUGGUGUUAAUGCUAGUGAUGUGAAUUUCAGUUCUGGACGUUAUUUUACUGACAAGAGUCGGGGCCCUGCUGGAAAUCUCCCUUUCGAUGCUGGUUUUGAGGCUGUUGGUAUAAUUAGCGCAGUUGGCGAAGGCGUGAAUUCUGUAAAAGUUGGCACUGCUGCUGCAGUGAUGACUUUUGGAAGUUAUGCUGAAUUCAUGAUUGUUCCUUCUAAAUUCAUACUUCCUGUGGCUAGACCUGAUCCAGAAGUUGUAGCGAUGCUUACUUCUGGUCUUACAGCAUCAAUUGCUCUUGAGAAGGCUGCCCAUAUGGAUUCAGGACAAACAGUUUUGGUCACUGCAGCUGCAGGAGGGACAGGACAGUUUGCUGUACAGCUGGCCAAAUUGGCUGGAAAUAAGGUGGUAGCAACAUGCGGAGGUGAAGAUAAGGCCAUGCUUUUGAAAAAACUGGGAGUGGAUCGUGUCAUAAAUUAUAAAAAAGAAAACAUAAAAGAUGUUUUGAAAAAGGAAUUUUCAAAAGGAGUUGAUAUUAUCUACGAGUCAGUUGGUGGUGAAAUGUUUGAUAUGUGCUUAAAUGCACUGGCAAUUUAUGGUCGUCUUGUGGUUAUUGGAAUGAUUUCUCAGUAUCAAGGAGAACAUGGAUGGAAGCCAGCACAUUAUCCUGGCCUUUGUGAGAAGCUUUUAGCAAAAAGUCAAACUGUGGCUGGUUUCUUCCUUGUGCAAUAUAGUCGUCUGUGGCAACAACAUCUGGACAAGCUCUUUAAUUUGUACUCCUCAGGAAAUCUUAAGGUUAACAUGGAUCCCAGAAGGUUUGUGGGACUUCAAUCCGUUGCAGAUGCUGUUGAAUAUCUUCAUUCUGGUAAAAGUAUUGGCAAGGUGGUGGUGUGCAUUGACCCAUCCUUCAGUCAAGUUGUUGCUAAAUUAUGAGAAUUAUGUGGCCACGUUCAGAUUGUGGGACCAAUUACAUAUGGAUCAUUCUAUUGUAGAAGCACUUGAAUAAUAGUAUAUGGUUUAUUGUUUUACAUUGGUGAUAUGGACAAUAGUUUAUCAUGCAAGCUCAAGAGUGAAUAUAGAGCUUAAUUAGAAUUUUUGUGCAAAUAGAAGAUAGAGGUAGAUGGUGUUGAACUCAGGAAUUUUAUUUGAGAUGAUUAAUAUUGUACUUUUGUAAACAGUGGUUACCCCUUCGAAUGUGACUCUGGAAAAAUUCAAAUGUUCAAUUGAAUGUAUAAAGGUGUGUUGUAUUUGCGGA